GAAAAAAGUAAAACAUGCAGGGCUGCAGUCCUCAAGGACCAGGAUUGUCCACCCCUGCCAUAAAGAGUCCAUAAGACUCAUGUCGUUUUAUAACUUAAAGAUCUAAUGCUUUUCAUUAGAUACACUCUUAACCCUUGAGGAAGAGGAAGUUCGGCCGUAAUUCCUGAGUCUGGGUGAAACUUCUGAACCGAGACUCGGUGCCGCGCUGCUCUCAACGUGGGCGACUGCGCGUAAAUAAAUGGAGAAGCGGAGCAGGGAUCCGCAGCUGGUCGACGACUGGGAAGUCAGUAGCAUGGAAGAAGAAGGCUGCCGCUGUGGGUGCAAAGGAGGAGCCGAGGCGGGUGUCCACCUGCAGGCCAGCCUCGCUCAGUACGCCCGGAGACGGGCGACCCGACGGCGGGUAGCCGUGGCGGUGGUGGCGCUGCUGAUGCUCGGGGUUCUGGCGGCUCUCAGCACAGUAGGACUCUGGAAGCAAUGGCAGAUGGAGAACAGCCAG